UGAGAUUGCUUCGCAGCCAUAAUCGUAAGGUUUUGAUCUCCCUACUGUUACCAACUAGUUCAUUAUUGGUAGAGAGGAAGAAGCUAUACAUUUCCUUGUUUUGUAUUGCGAGAUUUUUGCUUGAUAGUUCUUUUUACUAUUUAUUAAAAGCUGAUUAUUCUGUGCCCAGUUUUUUUGUGAGUGUUUAGUGACUGCAGUAAUUCUUCCUUUCCUUUAAUAGAAUGUUGUGUCAUCUGCAAAUAUGAUCAUUUUAUAAGUUCCACAUUUAAGCUUAGAUCCUUACACAGUAUAGAAUCAUAAGAGGUCUUAUUAAUGACCCAGAGAUACAACAUAUUUGUUUAGAUUAUACUCAGGUAAGUAUCCAGAAAUAGUUUUAAAGUUGACAUUAGUGUGCUUCAUGCCCACUGCUUGCUUACAAUUGAUCAGGUAGGAAAUGAUCAAAUUGUUGGACAGACCUCUAGACCUGUAAUAUUAUACUGUUCAAACUUUGACAGCAGAAUCUUAUGAUCCACCAACAGUUUUUGCUAGGUCAGUAAAAAAUGAUGUUGAUUUCUGUUUCUUCACAGUUAAUGUACUCAUAAAUGGAAGCUACUGUUGUCCUUUAAUUGCCAAAUUCAUGUUGUUCAGUACAAAGGAUUUUGUUUUUAUUCACAAAUUCCAUAAAUUUGCCACACGUAUCUUCUUAAAUAUUUUUGAAAGGCAAGAGGUAAUUGUGAUUGAUCUGUAGUUAUUUACAUUAUUCCUCUCACAUUUUUACAUAUUGGUACUGGAUUUACAAACAUUCUGUACCAUUCCACAAUACUCAUAUCACAUAAUGGAAACAUCCUAUACAAUGUUAUAGAUUAUAAGGUUUGUUAAUUUUUUGUUUGAUAUCGUAUUACAACACUUAUGUAUGCCUUUGUUUUUGGUGUUAAUCAGAUGUAGAAUUUGAAUAUACAAAAUGAUAAAAAAACAAUAACAAUAGCCUCAGAAAGGAGAGAAAAUUCAGAAAAUUUGCCGAUAGUUGUGAGGAAAGUUACAAAUAAUAUUUUUAUAAAACGGACAUCAUAGUCACAGCAGCAGCAGAGACUCAACUGAUGGAAUUAUUUUCUGGGGAAAUCAACCUCUUGCAAAGAAAAUAUUCAUUGCUCAGAAGCGUGUUGUAAGAGUGAUGUCUGGUGUAGAUCCUAGAUGCAGCUGCAGAAGCCUAUUCCGGAAUCUGGGAAUUCUUACAACUACUUCUCAAUAUAUAUACUCACUUAUGUGUUUCAUAAGUAAAAACACUGAUUUAUACAAAUGUAACAGUGAAUACCAUCAGUAUAACACAAGGAGGAAACAUGAUUUCCACACUGAAGGUAAAAAUUUGAAGAUUGUGCAGAAGGGUGUACAGUCCUCUGGUAUAAAGAUAUUUAAUGCUCUUCCUCCAGAAAUCAAAUGUGAAAUUGCCAACAAAUCUACAUUUAAAGAGCUUCUGAGGCAAUUUCUUUUAGCCAUGUCAUUUUACAGUUUGGAAGAGUUUAUGAAACACAGUGAGAAACGGCCUUAAAAUAAGAUGUAUUAUCAUAUAAAUUGAACAUUAAGCUGAACAUUCUUGUCACAUAUGUAACUCUUUUAGUGUUAACUGCUUAUAUUUAACAGUCUGGGUUGUAUGACCUUUUCAGGUUUAAUUCACUUUGUUUUAUACCUGUAAUCUGUAGGUCUAAGGAUUCUCAUUCCAUUAUAUUGUGUUAUGGAUCAUUGUAGUGGUUAAGUAACUUUAUAUUCUUUACCUGUAAACAUAGUGUACAAGUACUUGUCAUUGACAAUGUAAAAAUUGACACACACUACAUCCAUGUGAAAUUGUCACAGUUGGAUCCAUGGUGUAAGAAAUAAAUAAAUAAAUAAAUAACAACAGUAAAAAGGCUGCACAAUGGGUUGUUUUUCCUUUUUCCAAGAUCACACAGAAGAGGUGUAUGAGAGUGAUUUAGUUUCACAUCAUAUUCACUUAGCUCAAAUGAAGACAGCAAGGAAUCAUUUACUGCAGAAUAGCAUAAACACAAUUAUUAUUUUUAUCAUUUAGCUAGUGGAAUACAUCAUUUGAAAGGCAUACACCUGAGGUUCGAAAAAUAACUGCUCACUUUUUGGGACUGUAAUUUGCUGAUUUUAGAAAUUACAAAGUAUCUAAUAUACUGAGGAGUGGUGCAGAUUUAAAAAUGGUGAGUUUUACAAUAUUUGCAAGUGGCAAGUGGAAAACCAGUCACAUUCAUUUCUUCAAAAGAAAGUCGGCACAGCUCUAACUUUCUUUCCAUUUAUUCAUUUCGUUAUACAAAAUAAACAAUUUCAUAAGAGUUCUGGAAAAGUUUGUGUGACAUUGCCCUAAAGACUCACUACGUGUGAUUUAAUCUACUAGAAACUUGCAACGCGGAAGCAAACAGAUGGCCAAGAAAGAAAAUAAAUUCCAUCAACCAGUAAGGUAAUAAAGGAAACUGACGAGUGGAAGUCUAAUCUCAGAAAUUAUUUAAAAAUUGAUAAUAUGCAAUUUUUAAAUCGUCUUUAACCAACUUUUCUCAUUUCACAGUAUUUACAGUAUCUCUGAGCCCAUACGAAUUUUAUGACUAAACAUCUCCACAUAAGUUGCAGGCCGCAGUAUUUGCGUGCCGAAGCGAUUAUCUACUUUGUCAAUAUAAGUUUUAGCUGUCGAUAUGUUAUGACAGUAAUAAUAAGCAUACUCAACAUGAACAUCUUGUAACAUGAUGAAACAUUAGAAGCUGAGAUACCUGUCGACUGGCGGGAUACUCAUUCAAUUUUUCGAUUUUACUACAUGCUUACGAUGGAUCGAUUUUAUCUUUAUCACUGAUAUUUCAUUAUCCUUCAUUGAGCUCUAAGUGCGUGACAAGAAAUGCCUACGGCUUGCAUGAGGUGUCUGCCUGUAGAUGGAAGGUUCAGCGCUUCAGCGAGCUGUCUGAAAUGGUGCCGAAAACAACACAGAUGUUAGAGAUGCGUAGCGGUAAAGUCUAUGAAGGAUACGGCAGUGGUGGACUGACGCAUCGUAAACAAGUCGGGUCGCAGUUGAUAAUAUCGCAUUACUAAACAUAGUUCUUUUUGUCAAAUUACGCGUCUGUUUUUAAGUCAUUUGUGUUGGUUUACCGCGGGAUUACGUCAUAUAGGUUGACGAUCGAGAAGAAAGAUUAGAUGAACAGUACGUGUGGUAGAUACAAACGUAUGUUUAUGUUAUGAUAAACCUGAAAAUUGAUUUCAGUUUCUUGUGAUACCGUUGUAAAGCAUGUUUUGUUUGUGACUGUGUAUCAACAACGUUUGCAACUGUCAUUUUCGAGAAAAGCCGGGAUGUGUAGGUGAUACAAAAAUGCAGUGUGCAUUGAUAUGGCCAGAAAGUCAUUAUGGACUAUUCUUGGAGGAUGGAUAUGCUGUGAUCAUGGAGGAAGAGUUAUAAUGAACUGUAUCAUUUUCAAAGUGUUUUUGCUGUCACUGCAAACUUGAGACAAAUUUGGGCACUUGAAGGGAUUGCACAAUAUUUCUACAUGUUGUAGAUCGCUUAGUAUUGGAAAGAUAUGAAAUAAUUGUCAUAGGCACAGAACAGCAAUGGAUCCAUUGGGGCCGUGGGCAACAUAUAAUCCUUCAUACACUAGGCUAACGGGUACAGCAGGCAGUUACCAGGGGACUGCUCCUAGUGGACGUGGCAAUUUUGGAUCCCCCCAUCAUGCUUCACCAACAGGAAACAACAGUUUGGAAAAUACAGCAGUAACAGGGUUGCAAUCAGCAAAUUCCCAGCUUCUUUUGCAAACUGCUCAUAGUUCUACUAGCGUGCCUAACAGAGAACUCAUGGGGCACACCUCCAUGGCAGCAGCAUUUGGCUCAGGAAGCUUCCUUACACAAACGUCUGGAUCGUAUGAUCCAGUUUUUUCAACUUUAUUUCACCAUCCUGAACAAAAACUGGCUAAUUAUGGCCCCUGUGCCACAAGUAACCCUCCAAAGCAUUCUUUACAACAUACUUCAGCAACCAAGCAAAAUGCACUUGAAUCAGAAAUAACAAGAGUCAGAGAAAAACAACAGAGUAGCACAUAUUUUGAACAGCAGGCAGCAGGAUCACCAUCAUCACUAUCAUCAACCCCGUCUUGGUCACAUCAGACAAAUGUCCAAAUACCAAGUCCAUUUGGUAUAUUACCACAUGAAACUGUUGGAAAUGGGGUGGAGAAGGGCAGUUCCAUUUGUGAAGGAGACUUCAAUGUACAAUUUACCCCAAAUCAGAAUUUAAAUAAUAUGAACUCUCAGCUCUCACCAGCUUUGGAAUACAGUAAAUCUUCAAGUGAUUACAAUAAAAUACAGAUCAGGAAACCAGACACAUUACUGUCCCCUGGUAGAACAGCUUUUACACCUGCUUCCAGUGCAGCAACUAGUGCCACAUUUUAUCAGCAUUCUCCAGCAACAUUCAGUAAUGUAGGGGCUGUCUCAUCUCGGGACAGUACUUCAGUUGUUUGUGCAACAACUUACCGAAAUGACAACAAUAAAUGCCAGCAGCAACUACCAGGGGUCUCUGAUUUUGUUAGCAGUGGAAAAGGAUUUGUUUCUCCUGCACAGCUACCCACACCGUACCAUCAAGCUUCACUUGAUACGAAAUUGUAUUCAGAAUUUAAUUCUUCUGAGCACAUGACACAAGCACCUUUACCAGAGGAACAUAGUCAAUCUCCGCCUGUUAAUUUCUCUCCAUUGAAUAAUGGAAGACAAACGGUUACCUUUACACGCAAUGAAAAUGGUGGAACAUGUUCAACUAGUAUUAGUUCUGGGUCAGUUCCAACAAGUCUUGGUGUAGAAGAGCAGCAUGGCAAACGUGCCCUUGGUGUAUUACAGCAAACAAUUCAUAAGUGUCAGUCUAACAGUGAUGCAUCAUUUCAUAUGCAGCAAUACAGCAGCUCCCUUGUUGAUAGUGCCAAUUAUGGUAGUUCACCAUCUUUUUCAACAACAGAAACAAAAUCUUACUCUGAGCCAUUGCUCUGUAUUGCAAAUGAUUCAUUGAAACACGGUCAGUCUGAUUGUGGAAAUCUUACACAAACACACAGCCCAGCUAGUAUGCAGUCGCAUCCGAGCCCUCUCGGUCAUGUUCCAAGCCCUCUCGGUCAUGUUCCAAGCCCUCUCGGUCAUGUUCCAAGCCCUCUCGGUCACGUUCCGAGCCCCCUCAGCCACGUUCCAAGCCCCCUCAGUCACGUUCAGAGUCCUCGUGGUCAUGUUCCUAGUCCCCUUGGUCACAAUCCCAGUCCCCAUAGCCACAAUCUAAGCCCUCAUGCUCAUGCUUCGAGUCCUGCGUAUCCUGUUUACCACAGUCCAGUAGGUAUGGUGCCUUCUGCAUCUUAUGUCCAGCCAUUGUCUCCAGAGGUGUCUUUACGGCAAUGCCCUACUGUUGAUGAAAGGUCAAAAAUAGUAAGCCAUUCUGCAGACAGUGAGCCAUGCUCAACAAACUCAUUAAGAGUACUGCCUAAAUCAAAAAUCCCUAGUCACCAUGUAAUAAAUCGUACAUCGGGCUCAGCAGGUGUUGCACAAAGACAAAAAUUAGAUGAAUGUGACAUCAAAGAUGGUUAUAACGAAGACAGUGAUUUGCAUAGAAAAGGAAAUCGGCAAGAUAAUACCUGCCGAAAGCAAAAUGUGAUACCACAAAUGAAGGAAGAAAGUGUUGAAGACGAAUCCAGUCCAUAUUAUAAGGUAUGCAUCAACGAGAGAGAUGGUGGAGAUAGUAGUGCCGCUACCAUGUUAUCAGUAGUGCAAACACCCAAUUUGCCACAGACAUCAACACUUCUCCAACCUCAGGACAUUUUAGAGCCUUCAGUAUCUAUGGAGCAAGAAGGUUAUAUUGAAAGCAGUUCAUCCUGUAGUGAACAGGCGAGUAAUGAUAUUGACAAGCAUGCUGCCACAGGUUACAGUGCAGCACUACAGCAAGAAGGUGAACCUCUGUGUACAGGAUUACUAUCUACUGGUGAAGUCACAGAGGCUCAGACAAAAGAGCAUUCUUCUCACCUUAUUAGGGCCACCUCUGAAGGACAGCAACUAGUGUCCGCUGAAGAGGCGGUGACUCAAAACAGUGCCAGCUCCUAUGUCACACACAUUGACAGAAAUAGAGAGCAACAAGAUACUGAUUCAAGGAACAAUUCUUUGAAUGAAAAGUUGGUUUCACCAAAAGCAAGUGUAGUGUGUGAAAAUGUACUCAAACAAAGAUCAGAGACAUUUCAGGAUUCCGUAGAUGUGUCUGAUAAUGAAUAUCAGUCUGCAACAGCUUCUGUGACACAGCCAGUUGUUACAGAUCUUCCUAGUGUUCAACAAUCUUCUGACAGCAUUCGACAGAUUUCAGAGGUUGUCAACAUGUCAUCAGAAAUGAAGUCUGAUUCUCAACAACCAUCAGAUUUAGCAGAAUCCUUUAAUGAAAUAAAUCGAAAAGUCACCUUAAUUAACAUAGAGGAUGAUUUAGAAUGUCUAUUGGAAGAUAGUUCUGUUUACAGUCACAUGACUCUUGAACAAGAUGUUAAGAUGUCAAAACAAAAGUAUUUUUUACAAAAUCGUAGUGGAUUUUUGGAUGGGUACAUGAAAUUCCUUAAUGAAGAGAGGCGAAUAUCUGUUACAAAAAGCAAAAGCACUGAAAAAUCCGCAGAUAAAGAUACACAGAAGAAAGUGCGCAGGAAGCGAAUUGCUAAAAAUGCAGAUAUAUCUGGUACCAGUACUAAAGUUUUGAAACAAAGUCAGCAGGAUGAAGACUGGGAAGAAAGCAGUUAUACAUCCGAUGUGACUUCUGACACAUCUGACACUGAAAACAUGAGAAGCAAAGGAAAAAGAACUGAAUGGAUGUCCAGGGACAGCGGUCAUCAGGAAGAUGAAGGAAGUGAGAGGAAAAGACAAAAAUUGGAUAAGGAAGACGAACCAGAGAAGCAGAAGAAAAAUGCAAAAGACAGCCGAGGGAAAAGUCUUCAGCGAUCAACAAUUCAGUUGAGGCGAAAUUCUAGUUCUAAUCCAGAACUCUCAUCAAAGUGCAAUUCAUUUCAGUCAAGUUACUCUAAUGACCCACAGUCACUGGAUUCACAAAACAGUCAUGAAAAGGAGCAAAGGAAGAGGAGUAGAAAUGUUAAAGACCAAGUGAUCGCAAAAAGAAAAAUGAGUGAACAUAAAGAAGACCAAACUGUUUAUUUGCCCAGGAGGGAAAUGACACCCCGGAAGGCAAAAGAAAUAAGUAACACAAAGAAGUACAACCUCGAAGAAUUUGAAGAAGACUCUGACUCUGAGGAUAUGGACAGCGAUCCCGCAUGGACUCCAGCAGCUAAAGAACCAUCUGAUGAUGAUAAUGUUAAUAAGAGACGAUCCCGCCGUUCACGUUAUAUGUUACCAAAUUGCAAAAGAACCAGGCAUGCAUCACCUGAUGGCACUAGACCUGGAGGCACUGAAGAUGUAGAAGUGAGCAAGUUGCGUGGGAACCGAACCAGACAAAGUCGUACGAGAACACAUGCUGCUGCUAUCAGUCAAAAUUCACAGUCAUUGGCCAGACCUGACAUGCCCUCUGGUGCUUCAUAUUCUCCUGUCAGAGAAGUCAUAGCUGACACUAAUUUCAGAUAUACAAGCUGGAGUCCACAAAACAGGCACAUCUACCAACAAGUUGCUGUGCGAUUUGUAGUGCAAAAUAAUUUUGAAACAGUUGUUGAGUUGCAGAAGAACAGCAUAUGUGAUGACCAUCAAUCACAUGUUGAACAGUCAAUAACAGAAACAGCCAAAUACUACAACAGCUUUGAAGUUUACAUCCAGACAUUAAUAUCUCAAGCAUUGGAUUCAAAUUUCCUCACUGAAGUUCUGCGGGAACAUGAUGAUUACUUUUUAACAAACUUAAAGACAGUUGAUGAAGUAACAGAAGAGAGAAUGGAACAUCUUUUAAGGAUUGCCAAGUGGCCAAACACUCUAAGAACUAGUGUUGGAACUUGGCCAUGUUUCAAUGUAAUUGAUGAGCCAACAGAUGGUGAUGGGGAAGGUGCAAUGCCCUGCAUUGCCUGUGAACACAGUAGUGCCACAGCCCGUGUUCAAAUGUAUGGCCAGCCAUAUGACAGAACAACUCUUGAGGGCUGUCCUCCAGACCCCAAGUUGGCAUCACAGAAGGAUUUCCUCCUUUGCAAAGUUUGUGUGUCACGUGUUGAGCUGUAUAAUAAGGUAGCUCACCAAAAAUACCAUAUGUAUGUAGAGUGUGCAAAGAGGGUUGCAGACAAGCGCUCUUCCAACCCAAGCAAAGACAGUAUGGAAAUCCUCAAUGAGCUACUAGCUGAUGAGCUGUGGUUAAGAGAGCUGUUCCUAACAGUGCGACAUGUGUGGGCAGCAAUUGAUACCUUGGACAACAUGGCCUGAAAUAAUGACGGAAAGUCCACUAAUUAUACAUUGAAACUUUAAGGUGUGUUCUAUCUUCCUAAAGGGCUUUUAAUAAAUGUUAAAGUUUGUGAAAUAUAAAAUGUGCAUACUUUCAUUGUACCUAUGUGAUGUACAGGCAGCUUUGAUUUUGGUGUUAAGAGUAAUUAAUGAGCUAUCACUGUGUCCAGUAUUUCAAAAUAUUUGCAUAUAGGCCCAAUAUAAAAAAAAAUCAAAUUCUGUUUUACUGAACUAAAUAAAUACACUAGUAGCCAAUGUUGCUGUAACUAUUCAAAUUGAUCAUUGUUGUAUUUAGUACAAUUUUAAUUGUGUGUCAGAAAGAAAUAUUAGUAUAAUGUUUAAAGAUAUUGGUGUCUUUAUUUAUUAUUAGUCAGUUAAAUAACAUUUUAAUCUGGACUAGCACUGUGUAUUACCAAAAGAGGGAGCUGAAAGAAUGUGCUGUAGAGUAAAGACUUAUAACUUGUUAUAUUUUCAAGAUAUUUUUAAAUAAAAUGACUUAACAGUUUUCAGUA